CUGGGGCUGCGCCUGUAGCCGCGGCUGGAAUCGGAGCCGGCAGGUCCGCGCCUCCCUGCGCUGCUCUCCGCCCGUCAGCAUGAAGGUCGAGUUUGCCCCCAUCAACAUCCCCCUAAAGAGGAGGAUCCAGACGGUUGCCGUGCUGCAGUGGAUCUUCUCCUUCCUCCUGCUGGGACAGUUUUGCUGUGGAUUCUUUGUGAUCCUGAUCCUGGGCAACUUCUGGUUCCUUGCUGUUCUAUAUCUGCUGUGGCUCUACCUCGACUGGGAAACACCAUGUGCCGGAGGCAGACGGUCCCAAUGGGUCAGAAGCUGGACUGUUUGGAAGUACUUUAGGGAAUACUUUCCCAUUCAUCUUAUAAAAACUUCAGAUCUGAACCCAAAUCACAACUACUUACUUGGCUUUCACCCUCAUGGGGUCCUGGUAGCUGGAGCCUUCGGAAACUUUUGCACCGGUCCAAGUUUCAAAAAUUUAUUUCCUGGGCUUACUCCAUAUCUUCAUAUCAUGCCCAUCUGGUUUGGCUGUCCCUUCUUCAGAGAAUACGUAAUGAGUGCUGGAAUGGUUUCUGCAUCCAAGGAGAGUGUCUCGUAUGUGCUGAAUAAGGAAGGCGGUGGCCAUGCAUCCGUCAUUGUGAUCGGAGGAGCAGAGGAAUCUCUGAAUGCACAUCCUGGAAGUCUAACACUGAACAUCCUCAAGAGGAAGGGCUUUAUUAAAAUGGCCCUGAAACAUGGGGCUCAUCUGGUUCCGGUGUUUUCCUUUGGGGAAAAUGAACUAUUCAAACAAGUUGCAAACCCCAAAGGCUCGUGGCUCAGAAACAUACAGGAGAAGAUGCAAAAGAUAAUGGGCUUUGCUUUACCCCUAUUUCAUGCUAGAGGAAUAUUUCAAUACAGUUUUGGCUUAAUACCUUACAGGCAACCUAUUCAUACUGUUGUGGGAAGCCCCAUCCCUGUGAAACGGAACUUGAACCCCACCACUGAAGAGAUUGAUGAGCUACAUGCAUUGUAUCUACAGAAACUAAGGCAAUUGUUUGAAGAACACAAAAGAAAUUAUGGGAUCCCUGAGCAUAAAUCUCUCAUCUUCGAAUAGCAAAUUACAAUUUGAAAUUUCAAAUCUCAUGGAAAGAAACAGUAUCUGCUGAAAGAUAUCUUUGUUGCAAUCCAUAUUUUGCAAUCUGUAAUUAUCCUUAUGCAAGGAAUACUUUUAAGAAGGGAUUAUUAGAUGAUUUAUUGAUUUUAAUCUUACUCUUGGGUGGGGGGGAAAUCUUUGGGAUAUAAGCCUCGAAGCCAGUGCUGUUUUGAGUUGUCCUUUUAGGUUUAUCUGUACCAGAAAUGCAAGUGAGACACCCCACACAGAUGUUCUUACCACCAUGGUACCUACCCAUAGCUUGAGCACAGGAAAUCACCCCAGCAUGAGAUCAUGAGCAGGAAAAGUAUAAACCCAAGAAUUCUUUGAUUAGAAGUUAAGAGACUUUCCAGCAUUUAUCAAACGUGGCAUCAGGUUGUUCUCUGAAUCUCAGAAACCCCUGUUGCUCUUCCACAGAAAUGAAGGUGUGUGUUUUCAGCAGAUGGGUAUUGUAAACCAUUUACAUGAGAAUUCAAGAAUAAAUAGGAGCUUUCAGCCCUGAAUAGGAUAUUGGCAAAAGUGGUUUGUCUGAGUUAUGAAGCAAAGCAAACCUUCUGUUUGGAGGAGAACAGUGUGCAUCUGUGUGCUGGGUGGUGGGAAGCACUGAAUGAUGUGACUUUUUGGGACAAUCUGUGUUUCAAAUUAUCAGUUUGAUAGUUCCAGCUUCAGAGGAGAUGGCAGGCACAGGACAGGAGAAGUGAGGGAAUCAUGUGAACUUUACACCUUGUGCAAAGUAAAAAUAAUCGUAUGUCAAGCACUUGCACAGAAGGAAGGGGAGCCCGGUUUGCUCAGUCUGGUUCUGAAUCUUCACCAAGGAAAGUGUACUUGAUAAUGCCUUUUUCUUCCGCACUGACAGAUGUGGGGAAGUAUGUGUAAAGCUGCACUGCAUUGUGACACAGCUGCAAUGCCAAGGCAGUGUGAGCACAGCUGUAGGGUGCAGCAGGUUAAGAGGAGGCUUUGUAUAUAAACCAGGUGCCUAAAGUUGUAUCCUAAAUGUGGAUAUCCAUUUCAGAAAAAAGGAAAAAAAAUCCGAGCCAAACUGUUUUUCAGUUAAAAUGCCUAGGUCUUGGAGAUUACGGUGUGUGGAGAGAAUUGUAGUAUAUUACUGAAUUUUUUUAUUAGAUAAAUUCUUGUAUUUGUACAUGCUUUCUAUCUGCAUGUGGACUUUGCAGAUCUGAUAUUUCUGAACAGUUUGUUUUGCUUUAAGCAGUUUUGGUGCCUGAAUAUUACAUCGAGUAGGUGCUCUGGCAAGUUGUGCACAGGGUUGUCAGGCAGCCUGGGGCAUCUGCAGAUGCUUCAGUUCAGCACUGAGAUGCUCCAGGAAUAGCAGGACUGGGCACAUUGUGUGCUUGCUGGGCUGGAGGCUUCUUAGAAGAAACACAGUUUGGACUUUGGGAACAAGGUAGAACUCUGUAAAGAAAAUAUCUUAGCAAGAUGAAGGUGUUUAAAGAAAAGAGUGGGAAGAUCUCAACUCUUACAGAGUGAACUCCUAAUGAACCAAAGCUCCAAAGCCAAACAAAUAUUUGCCAGACAGAGCAGAUGUAUGUAUUCCAAAAACCCCCCAGCAACAAGUUGGUUUCCUUAGGAGGGCUCUUCCUUUUAGUGUAUGGAUGUAGGCAACAAUGCGCCAGUGAAUCCUGCUCUCAUUUUUUCUUGGACAAUAGAGUCUUUCUGGGAACCAGGGCUGGAAUUUGCACUGCCUGAAGAAGCCCCUCUUCCCUGACAGACUGCCAUAAAUGUGCCCAUAAUUCACCCUACUUGAGCUUUCUUGCUGCCAUGUGUGUUUGCCCUCCCUCCCAUGCCUUUGCUGCCUGAUGAUCACUGUGGUGUAGGCAUCUUACUUCCUCACUCUCUGUCCAUCUUUCCCUGGGUUGAGAUCUCUGGACUGUCUGUGCAUGCAAAAUAUUGAGUGGUGUCUUCUCAUUCAGCAGAAAUGGGUUUUAGGAGCAGGGUUUGAGGAGAGGAAGCACUGUGACUGCACAGGUUUGACAGGAGUUUAGGAUCAGGAUUGUUUCAGCACUUGGAAGGGUGUGUUUCUAGGGAGGUCAAACACAGCAGGUUUUUUCCUGGGCAGAGGUCUGUAGGGUCCUAAGCAUUGUACUAAGUGAUGAGCCCUGAGCAGUCAUUUUUCCUUAACCACCUGUGUGAAAUUUCCUUUGGAUGUGUUUCUUUGCUGCCUGCCCUGAUGAGUAGUGCUGAUUAUUCAUGAAAGAAGAAUUUGAAGUCCAUGUCAGACUGUUCUCUCCUAGAUCAUCUGCUCUAAUGAGAUAUUUCCUCUCAUUCUCUGUUCGUUCUUUUUCCACUACCUUAUGAUAUAGAAGCUCAGGCUCUAUGUAAAUUUAAAAACAUUAAUGUUGAGGUUGGGAAGUAACAAUGGAUUUUUGUUGAUCAAAUUAACCAAAACCUCUAGGGAAUAUGAUUUAUUUAUUAUUAUUAUUAUACGGAUUUGGGGGCAAUAUCUGGUCCAGAGAGUACCUUAAAAACAGGCUCACCUGUGAAUUCCAUGAGAAGAUUAUCUGUGGGCUCUGAGUACCAUCCAUAACUGGCAUAGGUAGAACAAGUAGGGAUUGUGUUACUAUGACUACUGAUAUUGUCAUUGCUUUGUAACACAGGGAGAUGGAAAAAAGAGAAAAAGGAAAACAAGAUCUCCAAGCUACUUAAAUGUUUAUUGUUGCUCAAUAACUGCUGCCUAUAGUUUAUAAUGGUCCUUUCAAACUACCUUUUAUUAACCAGUUGUCUAUAGGACUACUUCAAAAUAGAAUUUCCAUCUCUAAACCUGGUAGACAUGGCAUAAUCUAAAAAUUUUACCUCUGUGUUAGUGUGUGGAUUUGUAAAGCAGACUCACAAUACUGAGAUUAAAGGCCAGUCCUGGAAGCCAGAGACUCAUUUUGGCCAGUGAAGGCACCAAUCCCACCACUGCUGCAGCCACGAGGAGGCUGCCCAUGUUUGUUGGAGUAACACAUUCUGCAGUUGCAGUUCAUGCUGGACGAAGCAAGAGCCAGUAGGAACGGUGACACCCCCUCCCCAGCUGUGACUAGAACUGGGUAGUGCUUAGAUUUCUGAUGGGAUGACCACACUGACUGCGGUCUGCUUUGUGGUCUGUUUCUCUUUGUGCCUUUUAAUGCCAUAGGUAAUCCCAGGGAAGGGAUUUUAAUGCCACAGGUAAUCCCAUUGACAGAGAAGCUCUGCCUCUAUACCAUGCAAACGCUGCUUCCCCAACGUGCUCAGGAUAACAGUACCUGCCUGUUCCCUCGUGUGUGAACUUCUCUAUGCCAAAUUUUUUUUACAGAAAGUCAGUCCUCAAGUAUUUUUACUUUGUGAACUACAAAGCAUAUUUUACACUUUGUAACUUUUUAUGGUACCUGUAAAAUAUGAACAUCAAUUGUUUCAGUGAUAGCUGUGGCAAGAUGUGAGAUAAUAAAGGUUUGUAUCAAA